GUGGUCAAAAGAUAAAAUGUUUGGUCACCAAACAAUGCUUGAUGGUGUUUGGUCGCCAAACAUUUCCCGUUUGGACAGGCCUUAAGGCCUUCUCACGUGACGAAGGUCAGCAAAUGUUUUAUUCGUUUAGUCUAAUGCAGUGAAUUUUGAAAAUAUCAUACGCCGUAGAAGUCGUAGAUACCGUGCUAUUUCAGUAUACUACUAAUGCGAGGAGAUAUAUAACAUGUCAAAAUUUCCCAGCUAAGUUAAAGUGUGCUAAGCAAGUUGUGGACAUGGCUUUUAAUGAAUUAUUGCGGCUGACAAAUAGAAACUUAAAAACACGUCGACAAGGCAGGUGUCUGACAAGCAAUGUGAUCGGCAUUCUAUCGUGUGAUUGCAUACAAAUGACAACAGCUAUCGACUGUUGUUCCGGCAGAAUGACACAGACUUCCGCAGUUAAAUCAGCCUAAGAGCUACAAACGAGUUUUGCUCUACAACGCUCAAAAGCGAAUACCUUCGCUGAAAAAUAAUAGGUUUAAGUUUUCACAGCUCAGGUUCGUGAACGUUAAAAGUCAUGACGGAAUCGCUUUCUGUCGAACUUGCCACGAGAACAAAGGCUGUAGAAUGGACUGAAGCAGUUUUGCUUGCUGUUAUCAAUAUUGUGGCCUUCUUCGGCAAUUUCCUAACUUGUUACGCCGUGUACAGAAACCAGAGACUUCGUACGCUUCCCAAUAUGUUCGUGAUAGCACUUGGUGUAAGCGAUAUUCUCAUGUCCACCUUCUGUAUGCCUUUUACAGUUGUAACUCUGUUUCACGGCCGCUGGAUGUUUGGUGAGAGUUUUUGUCGUUUCCAAGGAUUUGGAGCAUUGACAUUUGGACUGGUCUCCAUGGGCACCAUGGGAUUAAUUGCAGUUAGUCGAUAUUACUGUGUUGUAAAACCAGAAAAGUACAUUGUGUUGUUCAAGAAACAAAGAGCUUUGCUGUACAUUGCUGUUGUUUGGUGCGCGGCUCUCUUUGGAUCAUUGCCUCCAAUUUUCAUCAAGAACGGGAGAUUUGAAUUCCAGCCGGGUAAAGCGAUGUGUUUGUACACAUUUGAAAGCAAUAUUGCCUAUACUGUCUUUAUUGAGUGCGUUUACGUCGCAGCACCGUUAACUAUAAUCACAAUCUGCUACGCCAAAGUAUUCCGCACAGUAUCUAGAUUGAAUCAAGUUUUCUCGCAGGAAAACAACCUUCAGCAACUGAGAGCGAACGUGGAAGAAGCAAAAGUGACCAAGACUUUAGCGGCAGUAAUGGUCGGCUUCACAUGCUGUUGGCUUCCUAUCUCUGUCAUGGAUAACAUUGACGCCGCGCGCGGGGAGCAGACUUUGCCGCGACAGGCGUACCUUACAUACGCUUUCUUGGCUUAUUUGAGUAGUACCAUCAACCCCUUCAUAUAUGGCGCCACGAACAAGCAAUUCAGACGAGAGUACAAGGCUAUUUUGAGAAUGAUUGUUUGUUUCCGAAGCCGGAACAACAACAACAACAACAACAACAGCUAAAGAUAUGUCCGUAUUGCGAACAUAUGUAGCUUAUACAAAUUAUCUUAUGGAUCAAGACUGUAUCAAUCAUGUAUGUACCGUAAAUUAGGUUCAGUUUUUUGCUUGUCUGUUGGUUGUUGUUGCUCUUCUUUUUAAAUGCUUGUUUUUAUAUAAU